UGAAGUCUCCCGGUGGAAAGCAACCCCGCCGGGGGGCCGGGAGGACGCCGGAGGGAGGGUGGUGGGUGAGUGGCGGCGAGCCCCCAGCAGCGUGGACUUUUGGGGGGGCGCUGGGGGGGCGGCGGAGGAGGGCCGGGGCUGGGGCUGGCCGCCGCGGACCUGGCCGUAGAUGACUGCAGAAGCGCAGCAGGCUCUGUCCUCUCAGCCCCCUCCUCCUCCGGUGCAGAGCAGCUACGGCCCCAUGUCCUCCGUGGCUGAGAAGCAGCCGCAGAGCUCGGCCAUGGACGCCGCCUCCGCGGGGACCGGCGGCGCGGCCGGCAGCGCCCCGGGCAGCGGCGGGGCCCCGGGCAGCGGCGGCCCCAAGGCGAAGAAGACGAACGCGGGGAUCCGGCGGCCGGAGAAACCGCCUUAUUCCUACAUCGCCCUCAUCGUCAUGGCUAUCCAGAGCUCUCCCUCCAAACGCCUGACCCUCAGCGAGAUCUACCAGUUCUUGCAGAGCCGCUUCCCUUUCUUCCGAGGCUCCUACCAGGGCUGGAAAAACUCGGUGCGCCACAACCUCUCGCUCAACGAGUGCUUCAUCAAGCUGCCCAAGGGCUUGGGACGCCCGGGCAAGGGCCACUACUGGACCAUCGACCCGGCCAGCGAGUUCAUGUUCGAGGAGGGCUCGUUCCGCCGCCGGCCCCGCGGGUUCCGGAGGAAAUGCCAGGCGCUGAAGCCCAUGUACAGCAUGAUGAACGGGCUCAGCUUCAACCACCUCCCCGACAGCUACGGCUUCCAGGGCUCGGCCGGCGGGCUCUCCUGCCCCCCCAACAGCCUCUCCCUCGAAGGGGGCUUGGGGAUGAUGAACGGGCAUUUGUCCAGCAACGUGGAGGGGAUGGGCCUGGCGGGACACUCCGUGCCCCACCUGCCCGCCAACGGUGGGCACACCUACAUGGGCGGCUGCACCGGCUCCUCGGCCGGGGAAUACCCGCACCACGACAGCUCCGUGCCCGCAUCCCCGUUGCUCCCCGCCGGCGGCGUGAUGGAGCCGCACUCGGUUUACUCCAGCUCGGCCUCGGCGUGGGCGCCCAGCGCCUCGGCGGCCCUCAACACCGGCGCGUCCUACAUCAAGCAGCAGCCCCUGUCGCCCUGCAACCCCACGGCCAACCCGCUCUCCUCCAGCCUCUCCACGCACUCCCUCGACCAGCCCUACCUGCACCAGAACAGCCACAACACCGCCGACCUCCAAGGCAUCCCGCGGUAUCACUCGCAGUCUCCGAGCAUGUGCGACAGAAAGGAAUUCGUCUUCUCUUUCAACGCCAUGGCCUCCUCCUCCAUGCAUUCAGCGGGCAGCGGCUCCUAUUACCACCAACAAGUGACAUACCAGGACAUCAAGCCGUGCGUUAUGUGAGCCGGGGCGGAAAAACCCCCUCCUGGGGCCGGCCGGGCCUGAGGCGGCCGCUGAGCAUCCCCCAGGACCCUCUCGGUGGCAGGGGGGUGUCCCAGCCUGGCUUUGGGCAGCAGGAACAGACUGGAGCCCCGGGAAGCGGCGGGAGCGCGGAGUGCGGCCCCGGGAAUGAGCAUCGGCCGCGGGUGCGAGCCCGCAGCGUCUCUGCCUUCUUCUGCUCGGGGAGGGCUUGAGAAGAAAGCAAAAGCAGCCCCCCCGUCCGUCCCGAAAGCCCCGACUGCGAGUUUGGGGUGAGGCUUUGCCAAAUGAGGUUUCGAUGCUUCUUUAAAAAAAAUGAAAUUAUAAACUCAGUUUGGGAAUUGGCGGUGAGCGAUGCCACCGGCUUGGCUGGGAGGAGCAGAGCCGGAUCGGGCUGAGGGGGCUGGAAAAGACCCCGAACUCAAAUCCCCUCGGUCCCGUCUCACUUCGAGCCCGGAAAAAUACUUUUUAAAAAUUUUUUUCCUUUUCUUUUUUUUUUUCUUUCCUUCCUUUUUUAUUUUUUUUUUUUUUUGCCGGCA